GAGCCCACGGCUCCGAGCUCACCCUUCUUCUCCCCGUUCCCAUUCGAGUCCGAGUCACGACCCCAACCGAGUGAAGAGGCUCGGCUCGUUCGCUUCUCCCCCCCGCCGCCGAGCCCGCGCCCGCGCCGGCGCCCGCAACCCUAAUCCCCGUCUCCCUCCCCGCCACCUCUCGCCGACGAAGAGGAAGCGGCGCGUGCACGCGUUCCCCUCCCGGCCCCUCGGCCGCCGAGGGCGAACCCGAAGGCGGGGGCGGCCGCCUCGAUCUCGCUUCCCCCCUACGCGGAGGAUCUGGGAGAGGGGAGGGUUGGGAGCAGCCUCGUGGAGGCCCCGGCCCGGCGCCCCCCGCUGUACCCGGCGCCGGCGAGCGCGAAGCGGCAAACCUCAGCCUGCUUCUACCUGUAUGCUCUACUUCCAGGCUUGACUGAGAAGCUGCACUCUGUGCCUAUUGGAAAGGGCAUCACCAUUUACCAAGUCUGGAGUCAGUAGUCCUCUGUCAAACCAGAAAGCAAGCCCUCUAACCAAACACAAUGAUCACACAAGCCUGUAAAAAGAGGAGGGCAGUUUAUAUAAGCAGUGAAUCUGAAGAUUCUGAGGUUGAGGGAAGCAAACUCUCCCAAAAAUCUGGUGUGACAUCAGUUUCUACAUGCGAGCACCAAUCAUCCUAUAAGAACAAGAUUGAAAGUAUGAAUGCUAGCAAGAUAAGGCUGUGCAGAAAUAUCUUAAGGAAGCUCAUGGAUCACGAACAUGGUUUGCUUUUUCGCGAACCAGUUGAUCCAGUGCUAUACGGGAUUCCGGAUUACUUUGAUAUUAUCCGCAACCCGAUGGAUUUGGGUACUGUUAAGAAGAAACUCACAAACAAACAGUAUGUUAGCACCGAUGAGUUUGCAGCAGAUGUGGGGCUAACAUUUUCAAAUGCCAUGACAUAUAAUCCUCCAGGAAAUUAUGUACACGAAGUAGCAAAAGAAUUGAAUGGAAUAUUUAAUUCAGAAUGGGAAUCAGCGGAAAGAAAAUAUAGCGAGGAACACGUGCAGAAAGCAAUGAAGGUCAUAAAAGCUCGAGCUGCUGUGGAUUCAAAGUCUGUGGUUGCUAGAGAGCCGGUAUCACGCUCAAAUUCGAUGCCUUUGGUUGCUAGAGGGCCAGUAGCUUGCUCAAAUUCACUUGCAAAGAAGACACUGACAGAUGUGAUAUCCUCCAAAGUAAAAAUUAAAUUUUCUGUGCGAAGCUCUGAGCAGACCUCUUCCAAAGACAUGCCUUUUCAAUCAGCUGGUAGCAGAGAGGGAUCAUUAAAUCAUUCUCUCCCAGCUGGCAACAGAGAGGGAUCUUUAAAUCAUUCUCUCCCUUGCACUAAGGAGAGUGCUAAAAUAUCGAGGAUACGAGCACCUGAGCACAUCUCCGACUCAAUUGGAAAUGAAUCACGGUCUUGCAAUGAUACUUCUACUUCGCCUCUUGGUUCCUCCGGGCAAGGAGAGGAAAGCUAUUUACACGAUGAACCUUUAUCACCAAGCAGAGCCCUUCGUGCAGCAAUGCUCAGGAGUCGUUUUGCUGGGACUAUUGUGAAGGCGCAACAGAAAGCACUUCUGGAUCAUGGGAAGAAUAUUGAUCCUGUGAAAUUGCAAUUGGAAAAGGAGAGGCUGGAAAAAAGGCAGCAAGAAGAGAAAGCAAGGAUUGAAGCCCAGGUGAAGGCUGCUGAAGCUGCUGCACAAUUAAAGCUUGAGGAAGAAAUGAGGAUGAAGAGAGAGCAGGAAAGAGAGGCAGCACGCCUGGCACUACACAUGAUGAAGAAGACCGUUGAUAUAGACAACAGUGAUUUCCUAAAGGAGCUGGAGAACUUCAGCAAAACAUGGCAGUCGACCCCCCCUGGCAAAUUAAUCGUAGAUUUUGUCGAUGGGAUUGACCUGCCACCUGGGCUAGGGAGCCCACUGGAGAGGCUUGGCCUUUUCAUGAAGAAAGAUUUCGAGGAAGAGGCAGAACACGAAAUGGAGGACAGUGUAUCACCCUCGAUGGAUGUUGACAUGGAGGAAGGAGAGAUCAGCGGUGUCGGUAGCAACUAGCAACAUCCUUACUAGGUAGUAAGAUUGUGAGUACUAACUCAUAUAUUCUUGAAGUGCGUGACCUCAUGAGGAGAGUGGAAAAGAAUAAUUAGUUGUGGUUGUGCGUCGUGUGACCAACCUGAGAACAUGUCUCAGCCGAACUGUGUAGUGGAGUAAUUUGGGCUUAGCUGCCGAUUUUUUUGUGGUUCCGUCGGGCAAUAGUAUGAUAAUUCCACAUUGCUACUGUAUGUUGCAGGUGUUUGAUAGCUAUGAAGAGUGAGUUCGUCGGCUGCAUAAUUUGUAUAAAAAGAUGGUAAAAAAAGAGAGUAAUGGAGUGCUAGUAUAUACUUUAGGUA